AAAUAAUUUGAGUAUACCCCUCCAAAAUGGCCGAUAAGUCUGCAGCAAUGGAAGCAUUUAAAAAGUUUGACAUCGACAACAACGGUCUGAUAUCUUACGACGAACUGGAAGCAGUCUUUUCGGAGAUUGGUGGCUUUGCCUCAAAGGAAGAUCUCAGGAAAAUCAUCAAAAGUGUGGACGAGGAUAACGACGGCAGUAUCAAUUUCCAAGAGUUUCUGGCCCUGAGCAUGAAAUUGCAGUCCGAAUCGACAGCUGAGAGCCUACAGCAACUAUUCUCGACUAUGGACAGUGAUGGAGACAGGUUUUUGACAAGGGCUGAGCUCAGUCAGGGCAUGACAAAGUUCCUCGGUAAGGCUCCCACAGCAUCACAGCUGGACAAAGCCCUGAAAGACCUGGACACUAACAAGGACGGUAAAGUAAGCUACAAGGAGUUCGCCGACAGUAUCCUCUGCAAGCUCCACGCAAUUGUACUGGAAAAGUAACUGAGUUAGCUUCUUUCCAGGCCAUAGCUCUUAGAGACAAGAACUUGUUGCUGAGAUAAGACCACUGUUGCACUAGAUUGGAAAAUUGCAUAACAAAAAAUAUAAACAUUACAAAACCAUCGUUCAUUUUUGGGCGUUAUUGGUAAGUAACGCGGUUAAUUAUGUUUAAAACUUGUUGCAAGCUAUAUUCACGUUAUACACUAUUAACGGGAUUUCACUACAUAGUUUAGCAGAUUUGCUCGAUCUUAUACACAAUUGACCCAAUCCUGUGCAACAUUGAUAAAGUCUUGGCAACAUUUCGGUCUCAGUUGUUUCAGUUAUGGAAGAUUUGAUGUUUUUUGGGACAAAUAGAACCCUGCUGUUGUUAUACUUAUAUUAAUAAAUUAUGCUAAUUUUACGUAUGAUCAAUAUUUCAUGGUUGUUUAUCUUUUCUGUUCCGUUAUAAAUAUAUAGUAUUUCCUUUUUCUGGUCAGACUAGCGUUGUUUCGAACGAGCAUUUUCUUGGUUCGGAUAGAGAUUUUACCACUAAUUGUGACAUUACAAUUUUCGAGGAUCGUAUAAAGAUAUCAGUUCUUGUAGCUUUAUGAUUUUUACGACUUCCAUUUUCAGACUCCGUUUUUUCGUAGAGAGCACAGGGUAUAGAUAUUGUAUAAUGACUUUUGUCGAAAAAGCUAUUUGUCAGAGAAUAGUUUAAUUUUAGAUUAGGUCAGGAAAAAGCGGUUUUGAAAAAUAACUUUCUACUCAUAUAGCACUUGAUUAGCUAAUAAGCUGAUAGAUAUAUUUUAUAAUCAGUUUGACUAUCGUAUGACAUUAGAAACGAUACAGUUUCAUUUUGAUUAAGUGAACAUAAGAUUAUGAGAAGCAAUUUUUGUUGAGAUUUAGCGAGUAAUACUAAUAUUAGUCAUAUGUGGAAUUCGAAUAAAUAUGAUAUCUGGUAGUGGUAUUUAAAGAUUUAAUCUUAAACAAAAAAGUUUCACGAA